UAAAAAUAAGUUAAAAUAUGAAUUUAAAUCUAAACAUUUCCCAAAUUUGAGAGUCAGAAAUUUUUCUCGUAUACUUAUGCAUAGUAUGUAUAUCUUCUAUAAACAUGUAUGUUGUGGAUUUUUGGAAUGUUUGUUGAUUAGUUUUGCUUAUUUAAAUUGAUAUAAUGAUGUAUAUAAUAAUGUAGUGUACAUCAGUUUGUAGUGUAGAGUAAUUACUUUGCAUCAGCUGUAACGUUGCAUGCCUAACCUAACCCAGCCAGAUCUAACCUUUCUUCUGUAACCUAACCAAGGUUUAGUUACUACUAAAUGAUCUAAUUCAGUUAUCUUUAUUUUGCUACUGUUGCAUUUACUCCUGUUAAUUUGUAAUAUAUAUCAGAAUUGUUUUUUGCAGGAAUUUGAUUGCAUUUAUCUUAAUUGGCAGGUUAGCCCAAAAAUACACAACAUAUAUGUAUAUGAAAGUGUUAGAAAAGAAUAUAUUUUUCGAUUUUGGAAUUUAUGGUCAUUUUGUACAUUUAGAAUACAGUGGACCCCCAGUUAACGAUAUUAUUUCAUUCCAGAAGUAUGUUCAGGUGCCAAUACUGACCGAAUUUGUUCCCAUAAGGAAUAUUGUGAAGUAGAUUAGUCCAUUUCAGACCCCCAAACAUACACGUACAAACGCACUUACAUAAAUACACUUACAUAAUUGGUCGCAUUGGGAGGUGAUCGUUAAGCGGGGGUCCAUUGUAUUUUAAUAUACUGUGGCUCUCUUAAGCAAGGCUCCUUGAUGCCAGUGAGGGGCUCUUGAUGCAAGGAAUUGGAGCUAUUCUCCCCUUUCUUGGAUUAAACCUGAUUGCCUUUCAUUUUCCCAGACACUAUACGACUCCAACGGGUUUAGCACUGACCCAAAACAGAAACACAUUCGCCAUCAUUUACACUAUCGCUGUCUUGCAAGAGGCACACAGAUAUGACAGUUCAGAUAACCCUUCAAUAUAAUAUAAUAUACAGUGGAACCUCAAAAAUCGAACUGCUUCCAACACGACCAAUUAUGUAAGUGUAUUUUUGUAAGUGCUUUUAUAAGUGUAUUUUUGUAAGUGCUUUUAUAAGUGUAUUUUUGAGGGUCUGAAAUGGGCUAAUCUAAUUUACAUUAUUCCUGAUGGGAAUGAAUUCAUUCGGUAAAGGCACUCGAACAGCCUUCUGGACCGAAGAAAGUUCGAUAUCUGAGGUUCCACUGUAAUUUCUUUUUUUACACACUGACCAUCUCUCACCAAGGCAGGGUGACCCAUAAAAGCAGAAACACGAGUAUUUCUUCUUUUUGCAUUGAGUAAUUUAUACAGGAGAAGGGGUUACUAGCCCCUUGCUCCUGGGAUUUUAGUUGCCUUUUACAACACGCAUGGCUUAUGGAGGAAGGAUUCUUCUUCACCAUCGUAAUAAUUGCAAUUAAUAUAAUCUCUGCCAACAGGAUACUUGAGCAUGGAGUGGCAGUUGUCGUGUGACAGCGUGUCAAGUGUCACCUCAACAGUCAGUGGAGCUUCUAUGUCGUCUUAUGCAUCGCUGGGGUCCAGGUCGCUUAGUGCAACACACAUGACACACUGCAAUUCCCAUAACCUUAGUCAUACACAGUCGGAUAGCCUUAACCCUCCCAAUCAAGCUAAGCUUAAAAAACGAAGCUGGCUUCGGAGUUCAUUCCGGCGAGCGUUCGGGAGACACAGCAGGAAACGGAGCAAACAGAUUGGCGAGGGAAGCCCCGGAGAGGGUCCUCACGAACUUCCGCUACAUCACACCGUCAACUCUGCCGUGAGACACCUGCCUCCGCCACCUCCCUCCUCACACUCUAUGUUGACGCUUCAGCAGCAGCAGCAGCAACAGAAAUUGGCUUCGAUACAGAAGAAACAGAAACACAAACAACAUGGUGUUUGUAAGGAAAGUGACCUGCUGACGGAGCUGAAGCAAGAAGCAACAGAAAGAGAACGAGCACUGACGGACUGUCGAUUGGAACUACUGUCAGCCCAACACCAGUUACAAACCCAGGCAGAUGCCAUGUCUAGACUUCAGGCAGAGGUGACUGGUCUGAAGGAGGAAAAUGCACGGCUGGUGUCCUUAGUUCGAGGCCAGUACGGACCUGCUGCGGAUGCUCUCCUGACUCCUCUGACACACACACUCUCAACCCUCACCCUUAGUAAUGGUAGUGUUACUGGGGGAAGUAUAACUCCCCGAGAAGAUGGUCGUCACGUAAAAGUGAUGGUGGUCAACCAACCUGAGUUGACAUCUGCUCAAGACGCUGCCACAGUCACUCUGGAACCUCACCACCUAACUCACAUUGGGAACAUUAGUGUCGAGUCCAAAACAACUUGGCAAGAACUCGAUUUGAUGAUCACUAACUCACUCAAGGAUUAUGGUAAUCGGGUCGACCCAGUUUCAGCACUUGGACUGGAUGCUGAAUCGAUUCUCUGCUAUCGUGUGGAAGAUGUAGUUCGGGCCACCAAUCUGCCUCGCCCAGAACUAUUACCUUAUGGUUACUGUGUUGGUGAUGUUGAUGCCCUCUACCUGUGGCUCAAGGGUGGAAAUCAAAAGAAGGAUGGAGAGAGCAUCAGCAGUGUCUCAGCAGCAUCCUUCAGUAGCCUUACUCCAGCAACAUCCAUGAAGCGUCUGGCCAACCUCUUAGUGGAGCACCGGCGCCUGGUGCUUGCUGGACCUCCAGCUGCAGGGAAGACCUCCCUUGCUCAUGCACUGGCACAGUUCUAUGUUGUGAAUUCUGGCAGAGAACUGAAUGAUGAUGCUAUCAAAACAUUCAGAGUAACAGGUAGCAACACACUGGAACUGUGCCAGAUGUUGUCUGGUAUGUGGCCACGGGACCUUACCUCCAGUCGCUCGGCCUCCACCCUCUCCAACACCAACUCUGCUGCUUCUGUUGCUGCAAAGUCUCUGAAUACAGACGCCACCCACCUUCCCCCAGCUGUUAUUAUUCUUGAUGAUCUUCACACUGCAGGUGGUGUGGUGGAGACGUUACAGCGGUGUCUUCCUGUGGCUGUUCACACCGGCCCAGCCAUCAUUGCUACCUGCUGUCCCACUGCGACUCUCUCUACUCGCCUCCACAUCCACUGCAACUUCAGAUGGGCUGCACUGAAUACCCAGCAGGAGCCAGUAAGAGGUUUACUUGGGCGAGUACUGCGCCGGCGGGUUGUUGCUGCUGAGGUUGCUGCUAAUACUAGACUCCCAGAUGCCCACCACCUUGCUGAAUGGCUAACACGCUUGUGGCUUCAUCUCAACACUGUGUUAUCUGGGCAUUGCGGGUCACAUGAAGUAGGUAUUGGGCCAGGCAUGCUGAUGGACUGUCCCUUGGGCCACGAGGAGACGCAGGCUUGGUUUACAGAUGUUUGGAACACACGUUUAGUUCCCUGCAUCAUCUCCACUGUUCAGCUGUCAACAACUUCAAACUCUGGCUUGCUCGACACAUGGACUGACCCUUUAGACUGGGUUCUUGCGACCUACCCUUGGGCUAAUAAUGCUGCUUGUGGAACUGAUCAACUCACAAGAAUCCCAGCCUCUGAUGUUAGUCAGCAGGAUGCUAGUCUACCAGUUGGAAAGGCCGUGUCCCCGCGCCGCCCGUAUGUUCCACUCUCGGCUCGGCAACAGAAUCAUACGCCAGAGUCGAGGUACGCUGUGCUGCAGGUACCAGUGGUUACGGAAGGAAUGAAAGGUACAGGUCAAGCCACUUUUACAACUCCAAGAGAUUGUAUAACCUGUAGCAACAACCAGGAUGCUCCACAUCAUGUUAGUGAAAGUAAGAGAGAUGACUGGCAAUCCAUUAACAGCAAUAUUACCAGUGAAUCUCUCUCAAUUUCAACACUUCAGCGAACAAGGAGAAAUACAAUUGCCACUAGCAGUCUCAUCAGAGCAUCAUCGGGUGUUAAUGGUACUAGUGGAAGUCGUGUGGUGAUUAUAGCAGAUCAAGAUAACAACAAUAUAACUGCAAAAUUAACAACAGGGAGGAGCAACAAUAACAGAAAUCCCACAGUGAUUAAGGCUGAGAAUAAAAUACAUUUAGGUUCUUUGGCAGAUAUGAGAGUCAGUGCUCAAGGCAUGAGUGAAGAUGAGGCACAAUUGUCUAGUGAAGACGAGUUAAUGGAUCAGUAUGGUAUUCUGUCGGAACAAGAUGAAAAAGCAAAGAAAUCCAUUACCCAAAAUCAAAAUGGAUGUAUUGGUAAAGUAGGUGGCAUUAAGCCAGUCAUACACAUGGCUCACAGUACCAAAAUAGACAGUAAUGAAGAAAUAGCAAUGGAAACAGACUACAAGCCUCAGCUUCCAAUUAUACGGCCUCAAAUUCUGGAUGUCCUUACAAAAAAUGCCAUAAAUGCUAUUGGUGUGGCCCCAGAGUGUAUGAAAAUAAUUCAUGGUGGAGGAUCAAAGCUGGAUCUUAAAGUUAUGGCACAAGAAUUAACCACAACUUUCAAGCCGGUUGAAUCCACCAUUAAAUGAUAUAUAAACAAAAUAACUUACUGAACCACAGCUUAUUUUUUGAAAAGAUGUAAAUUUUCAAUGAAGUUAUUACAGAGAACCAUCAGUCACAAACCAGAGCAUUUGCGACAAAGUUAGUUUGUGGUAUUAUAAUUCUGUCUUUAAUUUUUAUUUAUUUUAUAAUCAGGGGGAAGUGCUAAACCCAGAGGGGUCAUACACUGGCUUGGUGAUGGUGAAUUAAAUAGGCAGGAACAUUUGCUCCAUGUCUAUCUCACAGGGUAUCUUUACCCUUCAACUCUCCAAACGUAGAUCUACGUUUUAUUUUACAUUUGAAGGCAUGUAAAAUAAAACAUAGAUCUACGUUUGGAGUGCUACGCAACUGAGCAUAGAUCUAUGUUUUGGACAGUUUAAGGGUUAAUACAGUAAAUAUAAUACUGUUUGGAAGACUCAAGAUUUGGCCCUCUAAUUCAUAAUUUUGUUAUGAAGUUAAGCAGAGCCCCUGCUUAUAAAAUUGCAACUCUCACUAGACUGGUAUUUCACUUUUGUUGAAAGUGUUACCAAGCUCUAAAGAGUAACAAAACUGAUUUGUUUUUGCUAAUUACUAUUAGGCAAAUACUAGAAUCAUAGCAUUGGUGGCUAUAAUUAUAGCUUUAAUUUUUAAAAUGGUGGAGUGGUAAGUCAGUGGAAGGCCUCAGUCAGAUUACCAAAAGCUCCAGUUGUGUGUCAUCAUGUGACCAAGACCCACAUCAGUAAAUAUGUGUCCUGUUUCCUGACAAACUUUACCUAACGUAACUAGAAUCAUACCUUAAAGUUACUGAGACUUCCUUCAAAUAUUUUUGUUAUAGCAUGAAAUAUCUUUGUAUAAACCCUUCAUGAAAGGUGCCUUGAAGCUGGUAAAUUAUUAUUAUAAUCAAGGGGGAAGCGCUAAACCCGGAGGAUUAUACAGCACCCGGGGGGGGGGGGAAUGUGGAAGGCAUUCAGGCUUAAUUUGGGGAACUGGAGCACAGAUCCAAUUCCCUAAAUCAAGAGCCCCUCACCAACAUCAAGGAACCUUCCUUGAGGGGUGAAGCUGGUGAAGGCUCUAGAUCCAAAGGAUUUGAAGCCACUCUCUCCUUUCUUGGAUGGAAUCACAUUACUUCCCAGUCCCCUAUGGGUUUAUUAACUCCCCUUUGCCCAGUGAAAUAAAUACAGUGGACCCACGGUUAAUGAUAUUUUUUCAUUCCAGAAGUAUGUUCAGGUGCCAGUACUGACCGAAUUUGUUCCCAUAAGGAAUAUUGUGAAUUAUUAUUAUUAUAAUCAAGGGGGAAGCGCUAAACCCAGAGGAUUAUACAGCAGGAAUAUUGUGAAGUAGAUUAGUCCAUUUCAGAACCCCAAACAUACACGUACAAACGCACUUACAUAAUUGGUCGCAUUUGGAGGUGAUCGUUAAGCGGGGGUCCACUGUACAUGUAUAUAAAAAAAAAUAUAUGUUGAAGCUGGGGACUAUAUGACAAUCUUCUAAAGUUGCUGAUAGCGCUUGACAUGUUGAUGAAUGCUAAAAACACACACAUGGUUGGUUAUUUAAUUUGUGACUGAUAUUUAAUGUACAACUUUAUGUAAUACUGUAUAUAAAUAUUUUUAUUAAGAGCCAAAUUCUUUACAUAUUUUAUGCUACUUUACUGAUUAUAUGUAUGUAUAUCUAUAUCAAUAUUUUUUUUAACACAACGGCUGCCUCCCACCAAGGUAGGGUGACCCAAAAAAGAAGAAAUACUUUCAUCAUCAUUCACUCUAUCACAAUGUUGCCAUAGGAACACAGAUCCUACAGUUCAGAUGCCCCUCUAAACUGCAAAUAUCCCCACCCCUCCUGCAGAGUGCAAGCCCUGUACUUUGCACUUCCAGGACUAAAUGGUUUCCUGAAUCUCCUUACAAAUAUUACCUUGCUCACACUCCAACAGUUCAUCUAGUCCCAAAAACCAUUUGCCUCCACUCCUAUCUAACACACUCACACAUACCUACUGAAUGUCUGUGUCUCUUACACACAAAACCUUCUUUACCCCCCUUUCUUAAGGCAACCCCUUACCCUGCCUUCCCUUAACUAUAGAUUUAUACACCCUCCAAGUUAUCCUAUUUUGCUCCAUCCUUUAAAUGCCCAGACCACCUCAACAACCCCUUCUCAGCCUUCGGGAUAAUACUUUCAAUAAUUCCACACCUCCUAAUCUUCAAGGUUACGAAUUCCCUUCAUAAUAUUUACACCACACAUUGCCCUCAGACACAACAUCUCCACUGCCUCCAGCCUCCUUGCUGCAGCAUUCACAACCCAUGCUUCACACCCAUAUAAGAGUAUUUGUACCACUAUACUCUCAUACAUUUUCCCUUUUGCCUCCAUGGAUAAUGUUCUUUGUCUCCACUGAUGCCCCAUUAUAUAUAUAUCUAUAUCAUACAUGUAUUUUUUUUUUUCAACGAACCAGCCAUAUCCCACCGAGGCAGGGUGAUAUAUAUGUAUGUUGUACAUAAUACCUCUUAAAGUUAGAGAGAAGCUACAGUAAACUGGCACUUACAUAAACAAAUUUGCAUACACAUACACAGGUACAUUACCUUGAGAGAUAAAUGUGAAUAAAGUUGGCUUCAGAGUCAUAAAAUUCACAUUACUGACUAAUGCUCCAUCACUAGUAAAAUUUUUAAUAUUUUCACAGCCAUAUGUGAGACUUAAAGAGUCAGUUCAUGUCCAGUACAUGUAUAAAGAGUUUUCAAAACACUUUGUUAAAGAUCUUUCAAAGGCUUAGAUAUAGGUUUAUGUAAAUUCAUAAAAAUGCUGAUUUUGUGUAAUGCCUGAUUAUAAUUAUUAAUGUAACCUAGCAGGUUACUAGAGUGCAAUUACUGGUCUAGUUUGUAUUGUAUUGUAUAUUUUACUGAAUCUUCCUCAUAUGUACCUGAGAUUUAAAAGGAUCAUCCCAUCUGAAGGUCAGAUUGGAUUCCUUAAUAACUGAGUUAUUCUUACGUUAUAUGCAGAGAUUUUGGAUGACUGUUACAGUAGCAGUAAUAUACACCUCAUGAGGAGGAAGAAAAAACUAUACAAUGUUGCUGAAGGAAUGGGGUUAGAAUUUUAAGAAUGGUUGCUCAGUCCUUCGUACAGGAGUGCCUCACUUACACAGCAGGUUAGGUUCCAGGCCACCACUGUAAAGUGAAACGUACACUUUACUUACCUUAAAUUAUUUUCAUCCUUAUAGUGAGUGGUGAAUGUAUUUAUUCUAGGAAGUCUGAAUAAAUGAAGAAUGGUUAUAACUGAAAACUGCUGUAUUAGCAAAAUGCUGUAAAGUGAAGCACAGUGCUGUAAAGUGAGGCCCUCCUAUACUCCUUUUAUUACCUUCACAUUAUGGUGAAAUUAUCAUUGAGACAAUUUUGUUACUGGAGAAAUUAAUGUACUCCCAGACAGUAGGCUCACUCAUUGUUAUAAAAUUUAUAUACAACCUGAAUAAUGGCUACUAGAUUAAUUAAGAGCAAAAUUCCACAUGAGAAGCAAUAAUUCCCACUUUGGUAUGCUAUAUGACAGCUAAAAUAAUUCCCCAAGACAAUUAUGUAAAACUGAUGUAAUUUUAAAUUUUUAUCCAAAUGUGCUACACUUUAAUAUUUUUAAUACAUGGCAGCUUACAUUUCCUCUUCAUUAUAAUAUUUUGAGUUCAUAUAUUCUCUUAGGACAAUAGUACAUUUAAGCACAAAAAAAAAAAGAAUCUGUAUUCCUCCAGUAAAUUAGUCAACAGUUAAAUUAUGAUUAUUACCUCCUUAUCGAGUGUUGUUUUAGCAUUGCUUAAGAAAAGGAUCUUUACAAUUGCAUGUCAUUUUGCUGUUUUGGACAAUUUUCGUGUGUGUCGUACAACAUGUCAAAGUUCUUAAAUGAUUUAGUAAUUUCAGAGGUGCUAAUCUAUGAUUUUCCUUUAUUACUUUUAUAAAUUCUCUGGUGAUUUAAAAGUCUUUCAUAGGUUUCCAAGGGAACAGAUAUCAGCAUCAUAAAUGCAAAAAUUAAACAAAUUUCCUAUAGUAAAUAAGUAAUGUAUAUUCUUUGAAAAAGAAUUAUACAUUACUUGAAACAUCAGAAAGCAGAGUACAUACAGUAAAACUUCUCAUUAAUGGAUUUUGGCAAUUUGGCCAGGCAAAUGUUGGAAAUAGAAAAAAUGGACAAAAGUCUGUAAUUCUGGAUAUUAUCUGUAGUGAGAGUCCUGUUGUCUUCCUAAGUAUCAGAUUAAGCCUGAGGACUCUGACAUUUGCCUAAUGUGCGCCAGAGCAGCCACAUCCAGGACCUGUCAGUGUUUCAUCGCUCUCUGAGCAGUAGACAACCUGUGCCAGUUUGUGCACAUAAACUCAUCAAUCAGUCUUUAACUUUCCUGGAUUUAAAGUGUUUUGUGUGGCUUUAUUAACAGAUUAAGUAAAGUGCAAUAAACAAUGACUUCUAAAGCAAAUGGUGGUGCCAAGGGAAAGUGUGUGAUUCUCACUGUUAAGCAGUGAUUUGACUUAAUGAAGAAAGUUGAGUCUGGUGUUUCCAUGGCAUGGGUAUGUAAGAAACAGUGUCUCAUAUCUGUACAAGCAAGGACUCUUACAGACUCUUAAGUUGAGUGUAGAUGGUAGUGGAGCUUUACGGCUCCUCUUAUUAAGAAUAAAAGUUCUUCCAAGUCACCACUAUCAAUCACGGCAGUUUACACCUUGUCUCUCCACUCUGAAAAUGUAAGUAAAAUUACUGUAAAUUUUUUUUUUUUUUUUUUUUAUCACACUGGCCGAUUCCCACCAAGGCAGGGAGGCCCGAAAAAGAAAAACUUUCACCAUCACUGUCUUGCCAGAAGGGUGCUUUACACUACAGUUUUUAAACUGCAACAUUAACACCCCUCCUUCAGAGUGCAGGCACUGUACUUCCCAUCUCCAGGACUCAAGUCCGGCCUGCCGGUUUCCCUGAACCCCUUCAUAAAUGUUACUUUGCUCACACUCCAACAGCACAUCAAGUAUUAAAAACCAUUUGUCUCCAUUCACUCCUAUCAAACACGCUCACGCGUGUUAUACUAUAAUAAAUUAUUACAGGUUACAAUACCUGUAUUCUUAGCGUCUGGUUGCUUUCUGCAUUAGCAGACCAAACCUGCUAGUUCAGAGGACAACCAGAUUGUGAAAAAUUAAAUAAUUUGGAAGUUGUGGGCAAUUGGCAAUAACGUACACCCCCUUCCUCCAGUAGUUCAUUAACAAGAGGGUUCACUAUAUGUAUUUGCUAACUACUUCUUUGGGGAUAAAAGUUUAAAACUCGUAUAUUUACCCACUUUUAAUUAUGAUCAUUAAAUGCAUCACAUCAAACAAGCCAGACAGUAAUGUACAUCCUCCAUUCAUACACAUUAACUAAGACUCAACUGCUGUUUAGUCAACUACACACUCAUACACCAAAGAAAUGGCUUUGCUGAACUCUACUUAUGUUUUUAUUAAAUAUUUACUUCUGGUAUCAUUUAUAGAUUGAAAUGUACAGAUAUUUUGGGCUACACUAUCUGCUCCAUUUUAAAUUUUCGUGCUAUAGAGUUUAUAUUGAGUGUGAUCAAAAUAAUGUCCCGCUAAUAUUCUCAGGUUAACUGUGUAAACGAUCAAAAUUUUUACCAUACAUAGUCUCAGAAUUUUUAAAAUAUAAAUGUAUUUAAAAGCUGUGUAUUACAUUACAUAUCCAAAGACUUAUUUUGUAAUAAAACCAAAAAUUACAAA